UUGUCCUCAGAAAAUUUACAAUUGACUAAAGUGGAAUUAAAAUAGGCCAUGACAUAAAUAAAUAUUAAUUAUUAAAAUAGCAAUAGGUACCCAUUUAAAGAUAUGACAGAAUGUCAUGGACAUUACUUUUUACCCUUUAGAUUAUUUAAAGUGUCGUUCUGUUUUUAAAUUUUCUUUUGUUUUUAUUAGUCAUGCUAAUUUAUGAAUUUGCGUAUCUUUAGACCCAUUUAAUCAGCGCUUAACUUUACGACGACUUACCACUUUACGCAGAAGGAGCUGUUACCAUGGAAUCAUAAACAAUGAAAGCACUUCGCUAGGCUUCCUUCCUUAUUGUCGCCUAAACUGCUAUUUUGAAGAGGUUGCGCUGAAACGGCGAUCGCUGUCAAUCGCCGCCGAAUUUCCCCUUAUAAAUUAUAUGAGAUUUUUUCCGUAGUUUUACCUCCCGCUGUGUUUACUAUGGCCUAUGCACACUCGCCUAACAGGGCAGGAGUGCCCAGGGAAGUCCUCAAGUGGCUGCAGAGCCUCGACUUAUCUUUUACCCCGAAAAAUAUCCGCAGAGACUUUUCCAAUGGUUACCUCGUGGCAGAGGUAUUCUCCUGCUACUACCCCUACGAUUUCCAAAACCAUUCCUAUGACAAUGGGGCCUCACUCCCCGCCAAAACAAGCAACUGGACUCAGAUCGAAAAGUCACUACAAAAACUGGGCAUCAGGCUGCCAAGGGACGUGAUUGAGGGGACCAUUCACUGUAAACCGAGAGCAGCUGAGAUUUUGAUCCAGGAGAUUUACGUUCUUCUGACAAACAGAAGAAUUAAAAGUUUCCAGGAUGCUGAAGCCGACUUCACUGACCGCAAUUACCAAGAGAUGCUACCUAUGGUUGCCCGAGCAACAGCCUCCAGGGCAAUUAAAAGCAACCUCCGUCUGAGUGAGGUGAUAGCUGAGCCCAGUAUCGAGAAAAACAGGCAAAAAGUUACGGCGAUCAUUCACAUGCAUCUGCAGCGGAGGCAGGCUGAAAAAGUGGAGAACCCAGGACGCUUCAACAUAAAGCCGACUCUGGGAGAGCUGGCUGUCAGGCUGCCGCCGCCAUCAGAUAGAGCAGAAGGUUCUCUUUCAGGUAGCAGUCAGCAGAUCCAGCAUUCCGAAGUACAGGCUGGAACCAGCCUCUGAGCUCCAAGAUCUAGGAAGAGCAUUAAAUAAGUUCUCCGGGACUGGAUAUAGGCACCACAACUGCAGCUUGGAAAACAUCUGGGUCAGAAUUCCUGGGCUGGGAUGCUGGUCGAAGAUAAAGACUCUAGAAAUAAAUUAAGACUGUUAAUGAGCUCCAAUCAAGGAUGUAGAUUUGGAUAUAGAGAUUAGAGACAUGUCCCUAACAAUACUGUGGAAGUAUGGUGUGUGUUUUGGGGGGGGGGGGGCUGGUGGCUGGUUUAGUUCACUGUGGAAACCAGACAUACACUCUUGACUCUAGCAUUUAAAAAAAUCAGGGCUGUGGUACUCAAGUAUAGACUUAAGUCCAAAUACAGCUGUGGAAAAAAAAAAUUAAGUUAUGGGUGUGCAUCUUUGAGCAAUAUGCUUUUUUGGUGUUUCUCUGUUUCUCAUGAAUGAAGGGCUUCUUUCUUGCUUUAUAGGACUUCAGUCCGGCUUCUAGGAGUCUGGUACAAACUGUCCUAGCAGUGCACCUCACACCACUUAAAGUUUCCUAUUCCACUUCAUGUCAUCCUGUGAUUCAUGAGAAACUGUCAGAUAAGUUGACAGUCAUCUCUGGCAUUACAAAGUCUCUUCCACCCUCUACCUGGCUGGUUUCUUGCCGUUCCCAGUGUCUCCUGCUUCACCUUAUUCUUGUGUGCUGCUGUCUUAGAAAUUUUGAACCUGGAAGCAACCUGCUGCUCAGCGUAGCUUCUGCCAGCAGAACCACGAUUAAAUUAGAAUUUGUAGAUUAAACAAAUGCAGAUUUGUUUAAAAAUAUAGAGUGGUCUCAUUUUUUUUCUACCGCUGUAUGAAUGGAUUCGGUCUUAUCACACACUCGUGAAAUUUUACUGGUCUUGAUUUGGACUCAAAUACUUCAGACUCAGAAAUCUAAGUCCAUAGCGUAUGUCUGCAGCCUCAAUGUUUUAUGACCAACAUCUCACACGCACCCAUGCAGUUAACUUGCAUCCAUAUCAUGUCAGCAAUUAUCCGGUUUGCAUACAUAAACCAUAAGGAGUUUCUGUGAAAGGCAUCCAGUGAAAAGAAGCACGUGGCAGAAUGAAAAUAUCGCAAAUCAGUGAUUAAUGAGAAAUUGGCGCGCAUUCCACUUUCUACCGACAUCUGGAAAGGAAACAUUACGACAAACAUGCACUGCAAGUGAACUCAGUUUGGCGAGACUAGCUAAGUGUCCAGCCAAAAUUUGUCUUACAUAGUAAAUUAGUGAUAGCUACCCAGCUAGCUUGGUGACAUCUUAUAAUAAUAAUUAUUGUCGUACUUUAUUAAGAGUGGUAGUGUGAUUGAUCUGCUGGGAGCAGGAAUCAAACCAACAAUUUUUUUGACACGAGACUCUUAACCCCUAUCAUGCAUAUUUAAGCCAUAAAAUGCUCACAGUAUUUGUGUUUUUUCAAAAACAAUGUCAUCUGCAUUCUUUCUCCUGAAACUAUAUGUUGUAGUUUGAAUACUCCCAGCCUUCAUAGAUAUCAAAUGCAAUGUGUUACGCAGUAGAUCUGCCACUGAACAUUGUUUGUGCAGUUUAUCUUUACCCAGUGUGUACUUUUAAGAAAAUUGCAAAACCUUUGUUAAAAGUUUGCUAAAUAAAAAAAUAGCCUCGUAUUGUUAUAUAUGCAAAUUCUUUGAUUCCCGAACCAGUUUUAAAUGUCUUCAGCUGGAUACAGUCAUGUUGCAAUGAACUUAAUAAUCACUACAGGAUGC